UCUCUUUCCCGUUCUCACAAAGAGAGAGAGAGAGAGAGAGAGAGGGUGUUACCAGUGAGCGCGAGCGAGUCCCUGACAUUUUUUUUGUGUUUCUUUUUGCAGUGGGGAUGAUGGGUUGCGGUGGGCUUGAAUAGAUUCUUGAGCUCGGUUGUCACCCAACAACAGGAUCCUUACCUUCGUUUCGUCAUCUUUCUCUGCGCUGGCUCGCCUCUCUCUCUUCUUCUCCUCUCUUUUUCCUUCCCAUUUUCUUUUUGUUUGCUUUAGAAAAUCCAUUAUCGUUCACUUCUGAGCCCGCUUUCCGUUUUCCCUCUUCCAUCUGGCCUCCCCUUUAUUCGCUUCCGCUUCAAAUCUGGUUUAGGUUUUGGGCUUCCCGACUUGCUGUCUUUAUUCUAGCUCGAACCCACCAUACCCAUUUUCCAAAAAUGAAUAUAUUCUCUCUUAUUUGCGACUUUCCAGUUACUUCCUUUUCCAUAUUCUGAAGAAUAUGUGAUGUGGGUUUUGAGCUGAUUUUCGCCUAAUGCAGCGGAUACCCACUUCUGCUCUCGUUUCUCUCACCAAGUAUCAGCGAAGAUUCUGCUCCGUUAUCUUCUGCUUCAGAGUUUCCGAGUUGCUCUGUUUCCCCACUUCACUAGCUCACUAGAUCCCUGGUGAAAUUUCUGCUUUGUCUCAGUUUUGCUUCUGGGUCUGCAUACAUGAAGUAAAGGUCGUGGCUUCUGAGCUGUGUAAGCAACAUUUCAAGUUCUUUUCGCCGACCCGAGUUCCUAUUUUGAGGUAUCAAUCGCUUGUGAUGGGGUGGCUGGUGUCUCUGGGGUUGGCCUGGGUGUUGUCGUUCUCAAUGGUGUGCUCAGUCAGUGGGAUAGGGGCUAACUGGGGUACUCAGGCCUCGCACCCUCUCCCACCGGCAACGGUGGUGAGGAUGCUGAGAGAAAAUGGCAUCCAAAAGGUGAAGCUUUUCGACGCGGACUAUGGGGCGUUGAAAGCUCUGGGAAGGACGGGGAUUGAGGUCAUGGUGGGGAUUCCCAACGACAUGCUUGCUUCUUUUGCGGGCAGUGUGAAAGCUGCUGAGAGAUGGGUGUCCAAGAAUGUCUCCACUCACAUCACCAGCUCUAAUGUCAACAUAAGGUAUGUUGCUGUUGGCAAUGAACCUUUCCUGAAAACCUACAACGAUAGUUUUAUCACCACAACCUACCCGGCCCUUCAGAAUGUCCAAUCUGCCCUCAUAAGAGCUGGCCUUAGCAGCCAAGUGAAGGUUACUGUCCCCCUCAAUGCUGACGUCUAUGCUAGCUCAACUGGCUUACCAUCUGGUGGGGAUUUUCGUGCAGACAUCCAGCAGUUAAUGAUCCAAAUUGUCAAGUUCUUGAGUGAUAAUGGGGGUUCUUUCACUGUGAAUAUCUACCCCUUCAUUAGUCUCUACACUGACGCCAACUUCCCUGUGGAAUAUGCCUUCUUUGAUGGCAAUGCAUCCCCUAUAGUGGAUGGCAGCGCAACGUACUAUAACAUGUUCGAUGCUAAUUACGACACGCUCGUGUGGGCCCUGCAGAAGAAUGGCUUUGGGAACUUGGCCAUCAUAGUUGGAGAGAUUGGGUGGCCCACUGAUGGGGACCGGAAUGCAAACCUGGUCUAUGCCCAGCGCUUCAACCAAGGCUUCAUGUCCCACAUAUCAGGUGGCAAAGGAACUCCCAUGAGACCAGGACCCAUUGAUGCAUACUUGUUCAGUCUGAUUGAUGAGGAUGCUAAGAGCAUUGAGCCGGGAAAUUUCGAGCGUCACUGGGGAAUUUUUGGCUAUGAUGGGAAGCCAAAGUACUUGUUCAAUCUUGGCACCACCAAUUCCAACGGCUUGAUUCCUGCACGAGGUGUGAACUAUCUUGAACCGAAGUGGUGUUUGCUGAAGCCGUCGGCCAACCUCACAGGUGAUCAAAUGGCGCCAAGUGUGAGCUAUGCAUGUUCGAGGGGCGAUUGCACUAGUCUCGGUUAUGGGACGUCUUGUGGGAAUCUAGAUGCUGAAGGGAACAUCUCGUAUGCAUUUAACAGUUAUUACCAGAUAAAUAAUCAGCUUGACAGCGCUUGCAAGUUUUCAGGCUUGUCGAUGAUCACUAGGACAAAUCCUUCAGUAGGGACUUGCCGAUUCAACACCAUGAUCCAACCCUAUUAUGGGAGUGCGGGAAGGCUACAUGGCUAUCUUGGAAAUGUAUUUGGGCCGUCACUCAGCCUGAUUGUUUUGUUACUGAUGAUUCUGUGACACUUCAUUUCUAAGUUCACAAGGAUUCAGUUGAAGGCCAUUGCAUAGAGACAAGGAUGGCAUCAACGCUUGAUUCACUGUUUCAGUUGGCACAUUGAUCGGUGGAUGAGGCAAGAUCAUGGUUGUCACAAUGCAUAUCACCAGGAUGAGGCACAAUGCGAGGGUUACUUAGAAAUAUGUUGUCUUGGAAAAAAAGAACAUGAAUUGUCUUCCUUGCUCUUCCUUAGCGUGUACGCAGCGACUGCAUACACAAGCGCACACAAUAUGUGCGUGUCCCAUUUCUUGGGUACCAGGGGUUUGUUUCUGGUUCUUCAGUUGUGCCCUACUCAUGCUCUUCCGCGCUCAUGAUAGGUUUGCCUAUCAAGAGGCGAUGCAUUGUUGGCAACAAAUGGCGGAUGAGCACACGGAUGGAGUUUUGUCAAGUCUAAGAACAUUUAUUUGUGAUUUUUUGGGAUCAGUUUUGUUUUAAUCACCUGUAACCCGCCUGCUUAUCUCGCUAAAGGUAAUUCAGGCUUGGCGAAAUGCCUUUCCUUGUGCAAGCGACAGUGCUCUAGCCAUUCUUGUUUUC